AUGUUCGCGGAGAUAAACCGGCGGACGCUCGCGUUCCGCGGCGGUGGCCUCGUCACCCCCGCGGCGGCCGCCUCGGCGGCGGGGGCCGAGGCCUGGGAGCGGCAGGACCCCGAGGCGCUGAACGGGCGCGGGGCGGACGAGGAGGCGGAGCUGGAGGGGCUGGAGGCCGAGGAGCUGGAGGCCACCGCCGCCGAGGAGAAGGAGCUGCUGCUGCCCCAGGACGCGGCGUCGCCCCCCGCCGCCUCCGGCCCCAUGUUCGCCGAGAGGAACCGCCGGACUCUGGCAUUCCGCGGCGGUGGGGGGCUCCUGGCCGCCCACCCCGCCGCCAACAAUGGCUGCGAGGCCGCGGCCUGGCCGCGGAAGCAUUUCAAUGGGCGGGGGGCGGACGAAGAGAUGGAGCUGGAGGGCGCGGAGGGACUGGAGACGGAGGGGCUGCUGGAGGGCAAGGAGCUGGUCCAGGACGGAGGUUCGCUGAGUGACAGCAGCGACGACGAGGAGGACGGCGAAGGGGGCAGCCUGGGCGACGGCAGCGGCGCCGAGGGCGGCAGCUGCAGUAGCAGCCGGCGGUCGGGGGGCGACGGAGGGGACGAGGCGGAGGGCAGCGGCGAGGGGGAGAGCAUCCGGCACUUCCCGCUGGCCAGGCCCAAGUCCCUACUGCAGAAGCUGCACAUCUCCUUCCAGGGCUCCUGGCUCAAGGAGUUCCCGUGGCUCUACUACUGCCAGGAGACUGGCCUCAUGUCCUGCGCCUGGUGCACCGCGGCCGCCGCCGCCGCUGCGCCCCCCGAGCUGAUCAUGUCCGGCGCACCCCUGCCUGGGGGGCACGACGAGCUCUGCAAGGGCACCCGCAACUACAAGCGCGCCCUGCUCCUGCGGCACCACCUCUCUGCCGAGCAUCGCCUCAACGAGCCCGGCAGCACCGAGCAGGAGGCAGAGUUACCAUCAGAACUGAAUAAUGAAGGAUACUGUGAUUUUAACAGCAGGCCAAAUGAGAACUCUUACUGCUAUCAGCUCCUGCAAGAGCUCAAUGAGCAGAGGAAGAAAGGCAUUCUUUGUGAUGUUAAUAUUGUGGUGAGUGGGAGGGUCUUCAGAGCUCACAAGAACAUCCUGGUUGCAGGCAGCCGAUUCUUUAAGACUCUAUAUUGCUUUACAAACAAAGAAAACCGUAACCAAACCACUGUUACCUAUUUAGAUGUUGUUGCUGUUCAAGGUUUUUCUGUCAUCUUGGACUUCUUGUAUUCUGGUAACCUCGUGCUUACGAGCCAAAACGCCAUUGAAGUGAUGUCGGUGGCCAGCUACCUUCAGAUGACAGAGGUUGUCCAGUCCUGCCGCAACUUCAUUAAAGAUGCCUUAAAUAUAAGUAUAAAAUCGGAAGCUCCAGAGACUGUUGUAGUGGAUUACAACAGAAGAUCUGUUAGUAGGGAUGGUUUAUCUCCAAGGGAUCAAAAAGUUGCCAGCUUCUGGGCAACACGAAACCUUACCAACUUGGCAAGUAGCAUAAAAACUGAGAAUGAUCCCUACCCCAUUGACGAGGGCCAAAUGGAAAGCUACCAAAUGAAUGACUGCAGUUGGGUCCAGGACAGCUCACCUGAAAUGGCUGAAAAUGAAUCUCAAGGUGAGGGUAAAGUUUUCGUGUGGAAUGACAUGGGUGCACAGGGACAAUCAGUUCAAGAACCUGGAAAAGCAAGAAGGAAAAACCAAACUGCAAAGAGAUUUAUUUAUAAUAUACCACCUAAUACUGAAGAGAACUCUGAAGAUUGCUCAGUAUUGCAACCGUCAGUCCCAUAUCCAGAAGAAGAUUUGUCAUUUAUUAAAGAAGAAGCAGCUACUUCAAGUGACUUCAAGUAUGGACUGUUGCCGGGUACUUCAAAUGACUUCAAGUACGGAUUGCUGCCGGGUACUUCAAAUGACUUCAAGUAUGGGCUGCUACCGGGUACUUCAAGUGAUUUUAAGUAUGGAUUGCUGCCAGAAUCUUGGCCAAAAGAAGCUUGGGAAAAUGGUGAUUCCUCUGCUUUAAUCAUGAAUAAGUUGAAGUGUCCACACUGUAAUUAUGUAGCCAAAUACAGAAGAACACUAAAGAGACACUUGCUCAUUCACACAGGCGUGAGAUCUUUCAGUUGUGACAUCUGUGGGAAGCUGUUUACACGAAGAGAGCAUGUAAAGAGACAUUCCUUGGUGCAUAAAAAGGAUAAAAAGUAUAAGUGUAUGGUGUGUAAGAAGAUUUUCAUGCUAGCAGCCAGCGUUGGAAUAAGACAUGGAUCACGACGUUACGGAGUUUGUGUAGACUGUGCAGAUAAAUCUCAGCCUGGAGGGCAAGAAGGAGCAGACCAGGUGCAGGACACAGAUUUCCCUAGGGAUGAAGAAUAUGAAGAAAAUGAAGUGGGAGAAGGCGAUGAGGAGCUCGGUGAUGAUGUAGAAGAACAGAAUGAUCAGUCUCGAUGGGAUGAAGGCGGGGAAGUUUGUAUGCCUUUAGAUGACUGA